UGAGUAAACACUACAGACGUUGACUUGCAUUUUAAACAGCUAAUUACUGCCGUUUUUGUGGGACAACUGUUCUUAUCGUUCACCCGUUUGUGCAUCUCUUGUUUUUGUAUGCAACACCGAUUGUUGAUGACGCAUUCGGCUCGGUUCAAAACUGUAGGAAGUGCGGGCUGGUUCACUAGCACCACGGUUCAAAGAAUCCCGACCGGCACCAGUGCAACACCGGGUUCGUUGUCGGUGGGAAAUCGCCUUAAGACAGGCCGCCUGAAAUGGCUGAAUCAGCAGUAAGCGAUCAGAAUCCAUGUCGGUGUCCCGUGUGCCUGGAUCGGUUGAAAGACCCAGUCACUACAGCUUGUGGACACAGUUAUUGUAAGAGCUGCAUUGAUGAUUGCUGGAAUGAGGAAGACCAGAAGGGUGUGUACAGCUGUCCACAGUGCAGAGAGACGUUCAGCCCAAGACCUGUUCUGAAGAAAAACACAGUGUUGGCUGAGCUGGUGGACAAACUGAAGAUUGCUGAGAUACAGGAAGCUUUCUAUGAAUCUUGCCUUGCUGGACCAGGAGACGUGGAGUGUGAUGUCUGCACAGAGAAAAAGCUCAGGGCAGUCAAAUUCUGCCUGGUGUGUCUGGUGUCUUUCUGUGAAAUCCAUGUCCAGCCUCACUAUAAAUCUGCUGCAUUUAAGAAACACGAUCUGGUCGAGGCAUCUGCAGACCUUUACAAGAGGAUCUGCUCUCAGCACGACCGACUUCUUGAUGUAUUCUGCCACACUGACCAGAAAUGUAUCUGCUUGUUGUGCACCAUUAAUGAACAUAAAGGCCAUGACACAGUCUCAGCAGCAGCAGAAAGGAAUGAGAAACAGAUGACUCUGGACGAGACGAGGAAGAAAUCCCAGCAACAAAUACAGAAUACAGAGAAGGAACUGCAGGAGCUGAAAAAGGCUGUGGUGACUCACCGGAACUGUGCUCAGGAGGCUGUGAAACACAGUGAGAUGGUCUUCAGGGAGCUGCUCCAGUCCAUUGAAAGGUGCCGUUCUGAGGUAAUUCAGCUGAUCAGAGAUCAGGAGAAGGCAGCGGUGAGCCAGGCUGACAAAGUCAUAAAGGACCUGGAGCAGGAGGUUGCUGAGAUGAGAAGAGGACAGGCUAAGCUGGAUCAGCUCUCACAUGAGGAGGACCAUGUCCAUUUCCUCCAGAGUUACCAGACCCUCGACCUGGCUGCUGUAUGUAAACAUUUACCCAGUGUCACUUUCAGUCCAAACCUGUCAUUUGAAGACCCGCGGUUCGCUCUCUCUGCUCAGACGCAGUACGUAGAACAAGUUCUGCAACUUCAAAUGGCAGAGAUUACAAGACAAGAGACAACUGUUUCUUUUACAUGGAUGAACAAUGAUGCAACUUCAGUUGGAGUUGGAAGAAAGAGCUUUGUCACCAUAGACACAGGAGGGGAGGUAGCUUAUGAGAACACUAUGGAAGAGCAAGGAGGAGCAGCAUAUGAAUAUGAUGGACAACAGGACAAGAUCUGCCCUAUCUGUAUGGAAGAGUUUAUAGAUGAAGAGAAGCUGCCAUGUGACCAUGGUUUCUGUAAAGACUGCUUAAGACAGUCAGUGGAAAGCAUGGGUGCCAUCUGCCCGGUGUGUAAGAAGGUGUUUGGAAAGAUUGUGGGAGACCAGCCAGAUGGAGCGAUGACAUACAAAUAUCAGAGUCUAUCGCUUCCUGGGUUUAAAGGAUGUGGCAGGAUAGUCAUUGACUAUCAAAUUCCCACUGGCACUCAGUCGGACAAGCAUCCAAAACCUGGUCGACCAUUCCAAGGUGCACGUAGAACAGCUUACUUGCCAGACAACAAGGAAGGGAGGGAGGUACUGGUACUCCUGAAGAGGGCCUUUGACCAGAGGUUGAUAUUUACAGUGGGCAUCUCACGUACCAGUGGCAUGGAUGACUGUGUGAUCUGGAACGAUAUCCAUCAUAAAACCAACGUUCAAGGAGGAGCACAAAAUUUUGGCUACCCGGAUGAUGACUACCUGAAGAGAGUGCGAGAUGAACUCAAAGCCAAAGGCAUUGAGUGAAGAAGCUGCUAUAAUAGCUUAGACAGCAAGGCUGGAUGCCUAUGAAAGUAUCCACGUAUUUAGUCUUCUGACCUUUCUGUGCUUAAAGGAACACUUCUUUUCAUAUUAAACUACUUUAUUCCCUUAACUAAGACGAGUUGAUACAUACUUCUCACGUUUCAAUGCGCCCGGCGCUACUUUGAUAGCACUUAGCUAGUAUUAUCAUCACUCUUGCACUUUCAGUUUCACUUUGGAGUGAGGAUAUUACUGCGCCGAGUCGAAGUGCUCCCAAGUGUUAUUCCGCCACACAAUAUAGU